CUGUCUUCAUUUUUGGAAUCCGCGUCUGCUACUUUCUUUUACCACUCUGUUCACACAUCUGCUCACACGCCUUCGGACCUUCGGUAUCUAUAAUAUAUGUGCAGUAGAUGUAGAAAGAGAAAAGGAACAGAAAAACUGAGUUCUAUUGAUUGUUUUGUAUGUAUACACGUUUGCUCUGUGUUUGAACUGGAACACGCUCACAUUCAAGGAUCAUGACCGCGACGAUCCGUUUUUUCGUUUUCUUAUGUAUUCUUUUCAUUUCGGGUCAAACCCGGGCGCAAACCAGAACGCCAGCCGGAUCAGAAGCGCCAGCACCGGCUUCUGAUUCUUGCGACGGAGUAUUUCUCUCCUAUACUUACAAAACUGGGAAAAUUAUACCCCCGACUCUCAAGUCCGACCCGACCCGCCAAGCGUACAGAUUCGAAUCUACUCUCUUUGUGCUGAAUAAUGACUUAGAGGAGCUCAAGUCAUGGCGGGUCUUUGUCGGAUUUCAGCAUGAUGAGCACUUGGUAUCCGCAUCGAAUGUGGUGCUCGCAGAUGGGACUUCACUUCCUGCAAGUGUGGGAAAUGGGUCGGUUUUUGCGGGCUACCCAAAUGCGGAUCUGAAGACGGGUGUUGAAACCGCCGGUGACUUGACCCAGAUGAGUGUCCAGGUCGAUUUGGUAGGGACCCAGUUCGGAAUCGGGGCGCCGGAUGUUCCAUUGCCCAAUAAUAUAUCUCUGGUGAAUGAUGGGUGGGUUUGUCCAAAACCCUCUAAUCAAGGAAAGAGUGUACGGCAAGUGUGUUGCUCCAGAGAUCCAAAGUUCAAGUCGAAUGUUACUUUGGAUGAAGAAUUUCUACCACGUCAAGAUGGUGACCUCACGAUAAUGUACGACAUAAUCAGAACAUAUGAAUCGAAUUAUUGGGCGCAGGUUACGAUUGCAAACCAUAACCCCCUUGGCCGUCUUGAUAACUGGCGGUUAAGCUGGGAUUGGAUGAAUGAUGAGUUCAUUUUCGCCAUGAAAGGAGCCUAUCCCUCCGUGGUAGAUACAUCAAAGUGUGUCUUUGGCAAACAGGGUGAGUUUUACAAGGAUCUCGACUUUUCCACUGCAUUGAAUUGUGACAGGAGACCAACGAUAGUUGACCUGCCUUUAGCGAAAACAAAUGACACGAACCUAGGAAUGAUACCUUACUGUUGUCGGAAUGGGACAAUCCUGCCACCUGCCAUGGACCCGAGCAAGUCAAUUUCAGCAUUCCAGAUUAAUGUUUUCAAAAUGCCGCCGGAUCUUAAUCGCUCCAUUCUAUCUCCACCACAGAACUGGGGAAUCUCUGGCAGAUUGAAUCCCACUUACAAAUGUGGACCACCCGUCCGAGUAAGUCCCAGCCAAUAUCCAGACCCAAGCGGGUUAUUGUCAGAUUCCGCUGCAAUGGCAAGCUGGCAAGUCAUCUGCAAUAUUACGAAACCAAAGGGAGUGAGCCCCCGAUGCUGCGUAUCAUUUUCUGCUUAUUACAAUGAAUCUAUCAUCCCAUGUCCAACAUGCGCCUGUGGUUGUCCUGCUAAUACUGAUAGCACUUGUAGUACUAAGUCUCCGGCUCUUUUUCUUCCGUCUCAGGCACUUCUCAUCCCGUUCGAGAAUCGAACUACUUUAUCCACUGCUUGGGCCGAUCUUCAUCACUUCCCAGUUCCAAACCCUCUGCCGUGUGGUGAUAAUUGCGGUGUUAGCAUCAACUGGCAUUUGUUCACAGACUACAGAGGCGGAUGGUCUGCAAGAAUUACUAUCUUUAACUGGGACGAAUUUUCUUUCGUUGAUUGGUUCACAGCAAUUGAAUUGGGCAAAGCAGCUCCUGGUUUUGAAGCAGUCUACUCUUUCAAUGGAACUACAUUGAAUGGUGUCAACAAUACGAUUUUCAUGCAAGGCCUCCCUGGCUUGAACUAUCUCGUGGCAGAAACAGAUAGCGCUAACCCACAGAAGGAUCCCAGAGUUCCCGGGAAGCAACAAUCCGUAAUUUCAUUCACAAAGAAGUUGACCCCCGGAGUAAAUAUUCCCGGCGGUGAUGGAUUUCCUACAAAAGUUUUCUUCAACGGGGAAGAAUGCUCACUACCCAAAGUACUUCCCAAAAGCAAUUCCCAUAGAUUCGGCUCGUCUGUUUUGAUAUCUGUCAUCUUGGCCGUUGCAGUUUUCUUGGCGAUGCAGUAAUAGCCAUUGUUUCAUGGCCGUUGAUUUGUUCAUUCUUUUCAUGACAUGAUAAUAUCAUUCGUGUUCUUCAAGUAAUUUUAUACAGGUCGGGGAUUUUGAGUACUUAAAUCUUCUUGUCGAUGAUUGCUGAUAAAAAAUUAAGUUGGUACUGUAACAUACCCCGUGUAGUAGCUUGACACAACAUCUUGUAUUUUACAACAAUGCUAUUUGUACAUUAACAUUUCGACAUCAUUCUUGACAUUCCAUUGUUUUCAAAAUAAGUGAUGGUGGGAAAGUGUUUUUUAUUUUCAAACUGUCCAAUAUGAUGUUGGCAUGUGGCACAAUGUAAAGAAUGAUGUCAAACUCAAUGUACAAGUAGCAUGAUUCUGGAUUUUUUACACAUCGUUGAGCAUUUCUUGGGAUUUUUCCUGUAUAUUAACAUGUUUUCAAGGUAAUGUCUUGAGUAUUA